UCUAAAGAAGAACUGGACGAAUACGUUCAGCAGGUUGGAGACUAUGCAAGGGAUCUACCGCCACCAGAUGCAGUUGUCACGUCGGAGGAUGAGCUUCUGUCGUCCAGUAUAGAUAAGGCGUUUACCAUAACACCAGCCAAAGGCGAAGUAUGGCCUGGGACGCUUGUGGAGAUCACGGUGACCUUUUGUCCUCCGAAACCUCUACGGUACUUGAGCACAACGUAUUGCCUUAUCUCAGGAAAAUCAGAUGCAGUACCGCUGCAGCUACAAGGGCUAGGCGUGGGUCCGCUCGCACAGUUUUCGCCCUGUGAGCUUGAUCUGGGAGAGCUCUGUUUAUAUUCCGUCAACAAGUUCAGUGUUGCUCUUGAGAACCUUGGGGAGCUGGAUGCUCACUUUAGGCUGAUGGAGGCACUGUCAUCUCCUAUGAUAACCUUUACCUUUGAGCCCGAUACCGGGACCGUUGAGCCUAAUGACGUUUUGGCAAUUACAGUCAAAGUUUGUGGCAGCCUCAUGGGAACUUUCAGCGAAAAGUUUUUGUGGGAAGUUACAGACUCAAUCCACACGCUGUCACUGGCAUUCAGAGGAAGUAUUAUUCGGCCCUCAUUUUCUGUCGACACGACUGAACUAGACUUCGGUCCUCUUUCGUACGGUUUGCUUUCCGUAAGGUACGUUACUGUGACCAACAGCAGUCCGGUUUCUUUACCUUUCCAGUUCCGGGUUCUACAACCUGAGAGUGGGUCACAAGAGUUCACAGUGACGCCAUGUUAUUUUAUACUGGGGCCUGAGGAAAAGAAAAUCGUUUCUAUUGAAUUGGUUCCAUGGGAGGAGAGAAGAUAUGCCACGGUGAUAAGCCUAGAUAUACCCAAAGUUGGCAAAGAUUUUGCAACGAUUCCUGUGCAAGCAAGAUGUUUAGCUCCAACGGUCACUAUAUCAUGCGAUUGCUUGGAUUAUGGAACGUGCUUUCUGCGUUAUGGCUACACCAAAACAUUGAGCUUGAUAAACGAUUCCCUGGUGCCCGCGAGAUAUGAAAUCCAAGCACAAGAAAAGGAAACGGAGAAUCUUGCUAUCUUGCGGCUGAAAGCUGAGAGUGGUUUUAUAGAGCCUGGCUCGAGCUUACCGCUGGAGUUUACACUAUCAACUGUGGCUCUUGGUGACGUUAGUCUUUCUGCAAUCGUCAGCAUAUCCGGGAAAGAGUAUACUCAUUAUCUAAUCAAAGUCCUGGCAACCUCGGUUGGGCCCAUAAUUAAGAUUGAAAAACCAAUUAGCAAAAAGCUCCAUUCAGCACGGCAGCAGACAGAAGAGGCAGAUACCGAGUGGGUACCUGCUCUUGAUUUUGGGAAGGUUCAGGUUCUCAGAGAUCACCAUCUCAGUGUGGUCUUAAGAAAUGCGUGUUGUAUUCGUGCACCGCUCAAGAUUUCUCUUGGGAAAAAGGAUUCCAUGUACCACUUGAAUCUGAGCGACGUGCCUCUGGACCCUUUUGAAGCUGUGGAGUUGAAGGUUCGGGCCUAUAUGGAUGAUGCAGGCAAAUUCAAUGACAAGGUGACAAUACUUUUCGAAGGUGGCGAGUUGUUCAUUCCGCUGUCGGCUGUAGGAGUUGGCUCGACUUUAGUUUGCAAAGAGUUUCAAGAAGGUUUUGUUCACUUUGGUGAUCAAUUCACGCUACGGCAUUUCUCCUACACCAUUGAGGUACAAAACAUGGGCAGAAAGCCACAGACGCUGGCUUGGGAUAACGACACCACCAGGAAGCAAAGGGCUAUCAACAAAUCCUUGGCAAUGGAGGCAGCUGACCAGAAAAAAUCGGGCAACAAAAAGGCCGCUCUGGUCGUCCCAGAACCUGUACCCGUCUUUACGAUCACACCCGACAAGACAGUCAUCAAGCAAUACUCGCCGUUCUCGCUCACUGUCUCAGGAUACACCACAAAUCCAGGCCAUAUCCAAGAGGACUUUACGUGCAAAGUCACCAGCGCAAAAGACAUGUACUACCUCAAGAUUUCGGUGGAUGCGGACAUGGCCGCAUUGACACUCGUAUUUUCUGAGACUACGCUGACUUUUGUUCAGAACAAUGGUUGGGGAAAGGACGGUCCUCACGAGCUCAGCAGGACCUUGACUUGUGAGAACGUUUCCAAGUUGCCUCUUACGUUCUCCCUAGCAGUAAAGCCUCCUUUUUCAAUCAACCAGGCGGAAUGGACUCUACGAGCGGGUGGCUCCGGCAGUGUUGUGGUCUCACUUGAGAAGCAAGACAUUGCAGAAAGGCACAGCACUGUGCUUUAUGGUAAAUUGGAUAUCCUCUACACGGGUACCUUGGAAAGGAACGGUAUCGAUUUGAUAGCACAUAUCAACUAUCCCAACCUCUCUGUGAACCAGAGCAGUCUGGAUUUCGGGUGCAUCUUGGAGUUAACAUACACGAGGAUGCACAUUGAGCUCAAAAACUCGAGCGCCCUUGACGUGUGGUACAGCUGGAUGCUUGAUGACGGGUAUGGUGACGGUAUUCAUGUCUCUCAAAAUAUACUCCAGGAUAGCGGGGGCCUCAAAAUUCCUACAAAUUACAUUUUUGAUAUUCUUCCUGUGAGAGGGUACCUUGAACCAGGGGAGCAAGAAACAGUGGAGGUGUCUUACUAUGGGCAUUGUGGAUAUCAAUGUCAAGUGUCGGCUAUAUGCGAGGUGAAAGGCGGCCCGGACUACAUUGUCGCAUUAAGCGCCGAGUCAGGAACCAUCGCGCAUGCUCUCAGUCGCGUGGCUCUAGAUUAUAAUGUCCAGCCUUUCAAUAAGGCCUCAACCAAAGAGUUUACGUUAUCAAAUCCAGGGAAGGUACCAUUUAAGUUUGCGAUCGAUUUGGGCGUUUUGAAAGGGGAUGUUCUAAGAGAAGUGACUCCCAUGACUGGCCUGUUGGGACCAGGUACAAAGCAGAAGUUUGCUGCAUCUGUUUAUCCUGGACUUCCUGAAAAGUUUAUGGACAGUUUCACCAUUCAGGUUGCACAUUUCGUACCCACUACUAUAUCUAUUCUAGGCUCUGGCGCCUUUCCUCAUAUCCUUCUGGAUACAACCCGCGUUAGAAGCCACAAAUAUUUGAGCUUGGCAGCGGAAGCGUUUCAUAAUGCGUAUAUGGCCAUGAAGACUACUCCAGUAGUUUCUGCCCGUUCCAAUUCGGUCAGAAUGUCUACAACCGCUAUAAAUGACCAGCAAGGACCACCUCUAGUGGAAGCUGAACAUCCUGGAGGCGAGCAAGUGUCAGUCGUGAGGGAAGUCGGUACAGCUCCGACUACGACGGGAACUGUAGGAGACGAAUGGGUGCUGGAAACAACAGGAAACGAGGUGCUGUCUUUUGGAUCGGAGGUUUUACGUGCACCUUCAAUCGACCAAGUGGAUUCUGAGAUUGACCGUCUUCUUUUCAAGGAACACCUCAUUCAUGAAAACAAAGAGACUCUGGAUAUAAAUAAGUUUGUCUUGAACACGCAUAUUUGCGACUUCGAGAACGUGACACUUGGUGAAACAACGCAGAAGACUGUGAAGGUUACAAAUGACGGGCCUUUGCCAGUGACGUUCAAAAUAAACAUGGCAACUGUCAAAGCCAAAGGCAUCACGUUGGAUCCCGAUCGCCUGAUAACGCUACCCCCGGACUCUCCAAAGAGUUCAAUGGAUUUGGUCUUCAAAAUGCGAACGGACUUGCCUAGAUUUCCAGCUGGCCCACUUGAGUGCUCCGUGCCACUUUUCAUUAAAGAGGGCCCUCAACUGGUGUUGGCAUUCACGGCGCAUGUAAGCAAACCUGUUCUGGAGGUAUCCCAUGAACACCUUGACUUCGGCGCGGUUCAGUUUGGCCAGUGUAAAAUUUUGUAUCUCCGGCUCUUCAGUAGAGGCGAAGUGCCUUGCAUCUGGACUGCAGCUAAACCGGAUCUAGGCAGCUGUGAUAUUCACGACUCUACCGCUUUCACCUGUGAGCCGGAGACGGGAGUGAUUGAGGCCCACAAAUAUGUCGAUCUAAAGGUCCAGUUUAUUCCCACGCAAAAGAAGAAGGCGUACUUUGCCGUUUUUUUUAUUGAUCUGCUGCACAACCCAGUCGAGCUUAAAUUCGCGUGCAGAGGUCACAGCUACGUGCCAAUAUUUACACUCGAGCCAUCGAUUAUUCAGCUCGGACCAAUACUUCCGAACGCUCCUGAAGCCGCUGAGAUCAAAUACGUGAUCUACAACAACGCUGAAGAGCCAGUGGAGCUUUACUCACUUGCGUUUGAUCCAGACUAUGUGAAAGAGGAAGAGAUUCUCAAGACGGUGGAAGGCUACAAUGAGCGUGAUCAACUGUUCCUUGAGCGCCGCAGUGCUGGUCAACCUUUCUGGUCCCAUCUCAAACCUGGAGGCUCUGCAAAGCAAGAGGCUUUGCAACAACCACAACCAUCUCCGCUUGAGGCAGCAGGAAAGGCAGGCAAAAGUCCAUCUGGUUCUGCUCCAGAUGUCUCUGAAAAGCCUUUGGUUUCCCAUGCCAAGAAACUCCUGAUUAUGCUACUUGGACCUCCAGCGGUUGGCAAGUCGACACAGGCAAAGCAGCUGAGUCGGAGAUUCAGUUGCCCAGUCGUGGCUAUGGAUGACAUGGUCGCUUUAACUCGCAGAAACCGGAUGUCCUCCACGGCAGACGGAAGCAGUGGCACCCAGGCGUCCGGGAGUUCUACGGCAUCUGUGGAAAUCAACGACUUCGAAAAGGAUCUGAUAGCAACACUGAGGAGGAACCUUGAGAGCUCCGAGUGCAUCUACGGAGCUGUGUUUGAUGGACUCAAUUCCCACUACACGACGACUGUCUCGCUCGCCAAAUGCAUCCUCUAUGCUGCCGGACUGGAACCAUAUGAUCCAGAGAAUCCUCAAGACGACGGGAAGAAAAAAGGUGGCGGUGAAAAAAAGAAGGCUCCUGCACCUCCCAAAGGUAAGAAGGCAGAGGAAGAACCUACGGGGCCUCCUAUCUUUCCCAAGACGUUCUGGAAGGGCGAGGCUACAGUAUACGCAAUAACUUUGAAGGCUCAAAGAAGUGAACUAUCGAGCCACUACCAAACUGUUCCCGACCGUGACCAGUGCAAGAAGAAGGUUUACGUGGAAACAGCGGCAAAAGAAAGUCAGGAAACGGAACCUGCUGGGGAGCCGCCACCGCCACCUGCGUCCGAGCCAGAAACCCCAACCUUUGCAUCGGAAGUCCUGAACCAUCUCAAGUAUUAUCCAUAUGUGUCUCUAUUUCCCAGUGAGGAAGAGCUUGAUAAGUACUAUGCAUCGGAGACAGACGUACAAAACCUUUUGGGUGGAGCCAAGGCUGAAAGUCAUGAAGAAGGAGCAGGGACUAAUAGAGUGGCUUGCGUUGCUAUCAAUGCACUUCAGAACGUGGGGCUUGUUUAUGAGGAGGAGCUCCAUUUUCUUCCAGACAUGGAAAAUGUAGCACCGCUUCCACCUGCAGAGGUGCUUCAAGUGGUGAAGCGACCGCACAGGCGAUCGAGUUUCAUCAGUGAUCCCAGCAGCCUUAAGUUCGCCUUUUUCACCAGCAUGGCGGGUGAAGAGGAGGACAGCUCGGGGGAUCCCACGGCGCAAGGAAAGAAGAGCAAAGGGGGAGCAGAGAAAGCGGCAGGCUUGCAGAGCGAGAAGUACCAAAUCAUGCUCAAGAGGAAGACCGAAUAUUUCACUCCGCUGGAGGCGCUGCCAGAGGGGCACGAGAUGCGGACACGAUGGGUGGUGAAACCGCAGCAACGCGUGGAGCUGCUGUUGCGCUUCUGGUCUCAGACCGUGGGGGAGUUCGAGCAAAAGUUUGUGUUUGAAGGCCUCAACGGUAACCAUCAAGCCCGUCUUAUGUGCAAAGGAGUGUGUGCUGAACCACAGAUUGGUUGCUUUUAUCGACACAUUAAACUUCCCAACACAAAGGUGACGCCCACGCAGAAGCUCCAGAAGGCGUUGUUUGUGUCGGACAGGAUUCUAGACUUCGGUCCCCUUCCAACCGGAAGAACAGCCGACGGUUUUCCGAAUCUGCCAGACUCGGAGCACUGCAAGAGGCUCGAGAUUCGUAACAUCGGCCUCUUCGACCUGCAUGUCGACUUUGACGUUGGUGAAGGCAGCGAGGCACCUGGUGCUGGUGGUGCUGCAGGCAAGAAGCCGGCUGCCAAGGGUGGCAAGCCACUCUUUAUGCUCAAUCCCCUCGGAAUGGAUCUGAAAAUCAACGACAAGCAGAUGCUGAGUAUCUACUGCUACCCGCCUCAGGGACUACUUGGCCCACUGGAAGGAAGAAUGGUGUGCAGGAUCAGGGAUAAUCCUCAGCCUCUGGAAUGCAAGGUGAUUUGCCUCGCAGACACCCCUCGGGUAGACGUUGACUGCAAGGACCUGGUGUUUGAGCGCCUCUUGCUCGACCGUGAAGUGAAGAAAUCCAUCACCAUAAGGCAUGCAGCCAUUUUAUGUUUCCCGCUGCUGACACUUCUGUUGUAAUCUCCAGAAAUAUAUCUGCGUUGCUUCUUUU